AUGAAAUUGCAUUGUUUAGGUCUAUCACCUUCAGCGUCAUGUUACUUGUUGGAAUACAAGAAUCAUAGAAUUCUAUUUGAUUGUGGAGUAGAGUGGACAUCUUUAUUAUACUUUUUACCAAAUACAUCAGUAUUGAGCUCAUCUACUCCUUCAUCAUCAUCACAACAAAUUAACAAUAAUGGUACAUCUACCUCGAAUGAAAUUAAGAAUAGUGCAUGUUUCAAAAGUAUUGGUAAUCAUAUAUUUAUCGAUAGUAAUGUAAAGUAUCAUACACCAAUGAUAUUUGAUAACGUUCAGCAAUUGAUUAGUGAUAUGUCGACCAUUGACAUUAUCGUCAUAUCAAAUUACAACAAUCUUAUCAGUCUACCCUACAUCACCGAACAUACAUCAUUCAAUGGUAAAAUAUAUGCUACAGAACCAACUAUUCAAAUUGGAAGACUACUAUUACUUGAAUUGGUACAAUAUGAUAUGAAUUCAAACCAAAAGAGUAAUAUUAAUCAGUAUUGGCAAAGUACUGAAUUGUUAAAAUUGAUUGGAGCUGAACAAGCAAAUAGUGCCUUCAAACAUGCAAAGGGUUGGAAGACUCUUUAUUCUCGAUUCGAUACUGAAAAGUGUUUUGAAAAGAUUCAAGCUGUUAGAUAUAAUGAAUUUAUUAAUUUAUAUUCAUUUACAAUUAGAGCAACAAGUUCAGGAUAUUGUUUGGGAUCCUGUAAUUGGGUGAUUGAAAGUAUGAAUGAAAAGAUUGUUUAUUUAUCAGAUUCAUCAGUCUAUGAAAGAUACCCAGAACCAAUAGACUUGCAAUCGAUUCAAUCACCAGAUGUAUUUAUUUAUGCCUCCAAGAUUAACCAUCCACUUCAACAACCACCUUCUACAAUUGGUCAGCAGCAGCAGCAACAAUCAUUUAACCCAUACAUGGAAAAUAUCAAUGAGCUAUUCCAUUGUAUUGGUAAUACUAUAUCAAAUGGAGGUAGUGUUUUAAUACCGGUGUAUUCGUGUGGUACUGUAUUGGAUCUAUUUGAAUUACUGUACGACUAUUUCAAAGACAAACCAAAAAAUGCAAUCAUCCUCGUCGAGUCUGAUUACUAUCAAGCUCAAAAAUUACUCGAACCAUUUGGAGAGAUGAAAUGUAAAACUCAAUACAUUCCAAUCGAUCCAAGAAUUCAUACUCAUGAUUUAAAUACUCUUGUUUCAAAAAUAUCUCCUUCAACCAUUAUUUUACCAUUUCAAUAUCAAAAUAAAGUGAAUCAAAGUAUUGGAAAGACAAUGUUUAUUAAUCCAACAGAUGUAUUGAAUAUUAAAAUAUUAAAGAAUGGUGCAGGAAAGGAUACCACAUGUCAAUACGAGAGUGCAUACUUGGAUCAACAUCUUGCACAACAAAUUCAAACAAAGUCUAUCGAUUCAAAUAAUGGAACCGGUUCAAGUAUAACGGUUGCUCAUCUCCAUGCAUCUCUAUCACUUAAAGACCAUCAAUUCAAUCUAUCAUUACUAAAGAAUACUAGUAAUGAUCAUAACUCGCCAGGUGGUUCACAAAAAUUGGCAUUCUCUUCUUCAUCGCCACCCCAACAAUCAUCCAAUACAAUAUGUAAUUAUCUUUGGGGAAGUUUAUCUUUAAAAUCAAUUUUGGAAGAAUUAUCAAAAAGAGGAUUUAAUAAUAUUGAUACGAUUAUAAAUGAUAAUGUGGGCAGUGGAAAUGAUGUGUUUAGUCGAUUAGAUAAUGUACAAAACGCAACAAUUAAUAUUUACAAGGAAAAGGAAAUGGCUACAAUCAAAUUAAACAAUCAAGGUGCAACCAUUGAAACUAGCUGUGAGAGAACUAGAAAACUACUCAUGGAAGUUAUAUCAACUGAUUGUUUACAAUUCUUUAAAUAA